AUGUUCCAAAUUUGCCGAUGGUGUACGGACGGCGGGUCUGUUCUCGAUAGUCGGCUGGAUAUCCGUGAUUAUUCGGGGAUUUAUACGAAGGAGUCCUGGCCACUGUGGGUAGCCAUAUUGGGGAACGGGUUGAGCUGGAACCUGUUUCCCAGGAACAGGUGUUGUUCCGGGGUGGACAGGUUGAAUUGGUGUCCUAGUAUCCAAGUAGCCGCUCUCGUAGGUGUAACCGUAAGGGUACGUGGGAUGCGUCUGUGGUAUCGGGACCUGGGAUCGACACUGCUCGAUGACGGUUGGCUCUAUUAGUCCUUCAUCAAGUGCUUUACUACAUGUAAUUGGUAAAGAAUAAGCCACGGUAUUUGUUGCAGAAAACUGCUUUGACAUUGUACAUCUUGCGAGAUCAUCACUGAUCAAAGCUUGUGAACAAGAGCUGAUCGAUGUUUGGUCAGCUGUCGACUCACAGCCGCAUGCGACAACGAGAUGUGA